CUAUAAGGUGUCAGGACGUCACUGUCUAUUUCUCCAUGGAGGAGUGGGAGUAUAUAGAAGCACACAAGGAUCUGUACAAGGAGGCCAUGAUGGAGGAGCACCAGCCUCUUAUAUCACAAGAGAAUGCCAGUAAACAUUUUAAGAGAGGCAUCAUGAUAUCAUUAAAUUAUAACGUAGAAGAUGAUGAUAUUAUGAGGCGCCCUUCAGGAGAAAACUGCAUUACCGUUAAUGUACGCCUAGGACUUCAUUCUACUGAUCUAUCAUGUAAUCCCCCUAAUCAUCAGGAACCUUCUUCUGACCAAUUACACAUUGUUACCACAAGUACACGUCAGAAAGGUCGGAAAAGGUUUCAGUGUGGUAAGGAGUCCUCAAAGAGAUCAAGUCUUUCUACACAAAGAGGAAUUCACACAGGGGAGAAGCGAUAUUCAUGUUCAGAUUGUGGGAAAUUUUUUACAUAUAAAUCACGUCUUGUUUCACAUGAGAGAAGUCACACAGGAGAGAAGCCGUAUUCAUGUUCAGAAUGUGGGAAAUGUUUUACACUAAAAUCAAAUCUUGUUACACAUCAGAGAUUUCACACAGGAGAGAAGCCAUAUUCAUGUUCAGAAUGUGGGAAAUGUUUUGCAAAUCAAUCACAUCUUGUUACACAUAAGAGAAUUCACACAGGAGAGAAGCCUUAUUCAUGUUCAGAAUGUGGGAAAUGUUAUGCAGAUAAAUCGAAUCUUGUUACACACGAAAGAUGUCAUACAGGAGAGAAACCAUAUUCAUGUUCAGAAUGUGGGAAAUGUUUUAGACAAAGAUCCAAUCUUGUUACACAUGAGAGAAGUCACACAGGAGAGAAGCCAUAUUCAUGUUCAGAAUGUGGAAAAUGUUUUACAAAAAAAUCAGAUCUUGUAAUACAUGAGAGAAUUCACACAGGAGAGAAGCCGUAUUCUUGUUCAGAGUGUGGAAAAUCUUUUGCAGAUAAAUCAAAUCUCGUUUCACAUGAGAGAUAUCAUACAGGAGAGAAACCAUUUUCAUGUUUAGAAUGUGGGAAAUGUUUUACACUAAAAUCACAUCUUGGUACACAUAAGAGAAUUCACACAGGAGAGAAGCCAUAUUCAUGUUCAGAAUGUGGGAAGUGUUUUAAGUCAAAAUCAUAUCUUAUUACACAUCAGAGAUUUCACACAGGAGAGAAGCCAUACUCUUGUUCAGAAUGUUUUGAAGUGGUUCACAAAGAAAUUAAGUCUCGUUAGUCAGGAGAGAGUACACACAGGAGAGAAGCUGAAAUGUUAUACGAGCAAAAAAAAUAAUAAUGGAUUGUACAUGUUUUUAUUCUAUUUAUUCUAUUAUAUCCUGAACAUGAUUAUGGGGGCCACCUUGCCUGAGCUGUUAUUAAUAGUAUUUAGAGAUAUACUUUACAGCAGCCAACUAGGCCAUAGACACAAUGGACAGGAGAGGACUUCAUUGACUUCUAUGGGAGAGUUUACUAGGCAUGCUCUCUGUCCUGUGCAGAGGUCAGGAGGGAGUAGAUAAACUGUAAUAUGACCUGUUGUUUAUGGUGGGUCCUGUGUUAUCUAUAAGGUGAGUCAAAAAUGAUCUGCCCUCUGGCUGCAGAAUUUAUUUUAAUCAAAUUUCAGAAAA